UAUAAAACUGUAGUUAUAAGUAGCAGGAAUAAAUUAAAAGAAAAUGUGGUAUAUACGUCAAAAAAGUGAAAAAUAAUUUUAAAUUUGAACAGCUGAAAAUUUCCGUUUAUAAAUUAUGAAAGAAGAUACAUGACUUCAGCAGACUUCUGUUUUUACGAGAAAUAAAUUUCAAAUGUAGAUCGGGAUUGUUAUAGGUAAUUCAGUUAGAUACUCGCUUUAUCCAAAUUGACGAACUGUUUGAGAUUCUCUUUUGUCAGGGUUUUUGCAAGAAAUAUAGUAAAUUGAGUUAUUGACAACUUUAUUUACGCGAAUUAAACCUAUACGACAAAAAACUUGUCAAAAUGUUGAUUGAGCGAAGAAUUAAAUGAAUUUUAGUGGCGUGCAUAUUUAAAUUUUUUAUUGCUCAAGUAACUUCGUUGAAGCCUAAAUUGAAAAUAGCUGUAAUUGGAGCCGGUGCAUCAGGUCUAGCAGCUGCAAAAAAUGCCAUCGAACAAGGACACAUAGUAGAUGUCUUCGAAAUGACUGAUAGCGUUGGAGGAAUUUGGGUAUAUUCACCCAAAAGUGGAAAAGAUGAAUUUGGUGUGAACUAUUCUCCGAUGUAUCGUGUCCUAAAGUAUGUAUAAUUUUUAAAUUUUAAGUAAGUAGAUUGCACAGUAAGCUAUUUUUUUAUAAUUUGGAUUUUACCUUGACGCAGAGCUAAUACACCCAUUUCCAUUAUGGGAUUUCGAAAUUUCGACUAUCCUCCAAACACUCUAACAUAUCCAUCCCAUAGAGAAGUUUCAGCUUUUUUGAAAUCUUACUCUGACCAUUUUAACAUAACUGAACGCGUUAAGUUUCGUCAUUUGGUUUCCUUUGUUGCUCCGAUUAAGAAUAAGUGGGAAGUUAUGGCUAGGAACUUACUUAAUAAGCAACAAAUCAGAAAGAAAACAAUAUGAUGCUGUUAUGGUUUGUACUGGUGUCUUUGAUAACCCACAAUUCCCAAAGAUCAAGGACUUUGAUAAAUAUGUUGGGAAAAAAAUGCACAGUCGUGACUAUCGUGAAGCAAAUAAAUUUACUGGAAAGAACGUUCUAGUUAUUGGGGCAGGAAGGAGUGCAAGUGACCUUGUACUUCAGAUCUCCGCCGUUGCCAAUGUUACAUCCAGCCAAUUUCCACGUCCUGGUGAAACGGCAGAAAAGCGUGCAAUACGUUUGAGUGAGUUUGGAAAUGCUGCCAUAUUCAAGGAUGGUUUGGAACGUUUCACAAAAGAUGAAGUUAUAUUUAAAGAUGGAACAAAAGCACAUUUUGAUAUGGUUAUUUUCGCAACAGGCUAUCGAUUUGCUUAUCCAUUUUUGAAUUCUGGAGCUGGCAUGGCGAUUGAGGAUCAUUAUGUUAAACCUCUCUAUAAACAAAUUUUAAACAUUAAUCAUCCAACAAUGGCUUUCAUCGGGGUGCCAAUUUUUGCAGCAAAUAACCAUAUGUUUGAUUUAGAGGCACGUUUUGCAUUGGAAUUUAUCACUGGACGAAAGAGACUGCCACCGAAAAAGGAAAUGCUUGCGAGUAUGCAAAACGAUUUUAAUUCAGCACCGGUCAAAAGCAAGCCGCAUUUCUUGGCAUUGGACCAGAAGAGGUACAACAAUGAUCUUGCCGAAACUGCCGGCAUUGAGAAUAUGAAAGAGGUUUACUCUGAUAUUUUGGCAGAUCAAGUAAGAACUUUUAAAAUGGAUCCUAUUGGUUUCCGUAAUUAUGACUAUAUCAUUCAUGAUGAUGGUAAAACAUUUGAUAAAGUUGAUAUAAGACAAAACUGAGCUAAUGUAAAAAAAAAUUUAUGAUUAAAGAUUUAAAUAAUAAAAUAUGAAGUUAAAGAAA